AUGAAGUUCACCACCAUCCUUACCGGCUCCCUCCUCGCCAGCGCUGCUCUGGCUGCUCCUCUCACUGAGAAGCGUCGUGCCCGCGCCGAGGCUCGCGCCGAAGCCCGCCGUGCCACCGGAUUGAAGCGCAAGAGCAACCCUCCGUUGAGCCCUGCCACCAACACGCCUCUUCAGCACGCCAACAUCUCCCAGGUUGAGUACAGCUCCAACUGGGCCGGUGCGGUUCUGAUUGGCUCGGGCUACACCGAAGUCACCGGUGAAUUUGUCGUGCCCUCGGUCUCUUCCCCCAGUGGAAGCUCUGGCUCCGGCGGUGGCUUCGGCGGUGGCUUCGGCAGUGGCUUCAGCAGUGACUUCGGCGGUGAUACCGAGUACUGUGCCUCCGCCUGGGUCGGUAUUGACGGUGACACCUGCGAGACCGCCAUCCUCCAGACCGGUAUCGACUUCUGCUACGAAGACGGCGAGACCUACUACGAUGCCUGGUACGAAUGGUACCCCGACUACGCCUAUGACUUCGACAACAUCGAUAUCUCCGAGGGUGAUUCGAUCAAGGUCACCGUCAAGGCCACCAGCGAUACCAGUGGCACGGCCACCGUCGAGAACGUCUCCACCGGUCAAUCCGUCACCCACAGCUUCAGCGGCAACGUCGAGGGCAGCCUCUGCGAAACCAACGCGGAAUGGAUUGUUGAGGACUUCGAGUCCGGUGACUCUCUGGUCGCUUUUGCUGACUUCGGCACUGUCACUUUCACUGGAGCUGAGGCUAUCAGCAAUGGCGAGACUGUCACUCCUUCCGGUGCCACCCUCAUGGACAUUGAGCAGGACGGCGAGGUCUUGACUUCCGUCAGCGUUGAUGGAUCUGCUGUCACAGUCACCUACGUCUAG